UUAAUAUUUUUUUGCAUAUAUAUAAUUUACAAGAAAUAUUUGCGAUUACAGAAGCUUUCGUUUCGAACAAUCUGUUUCAUCUCUAUUAUAAUAACGAAAUUUAAAACAAUCCAAGUUUAUAUAGCAAAUUAUAUAGGCUUUAUAAAGGCAAUUAAAAAGGAUUUUAUAAUAUAAUUCUUUACAAAUGGGUAUUUUGCGUCAGCUAUUGUUUGGUAAAUAUCUGUUAAUUACCAAUACCGUGAGCUGCGGUUUAAUGAUGGCAACAGGGGAUGUAAUCCAGCAGCACAGUAAAUAUUGGAAGAAAUAUUCUCAGAAAUAUUUUCCGACUAGAGUUAUGGCAGCAUCGCCGGAGGACGAAAAGACAGCAAUUUCCAACGCGCCUAAGCACGAUUACACGAGAACAAGGAAUAUGACAGUGGUCGGACUGCUUCAAGGCCCGUUUCACCAUUGGUUUUACAUGAUUUUAGACAGAGUUUUGCCGGGUAAAAACGCAAAAUCGGUAGUUAAGAAAACGCUUCUCGAUCAAUCGAUCGCGAGUCCUACGUGCCUGGCAAUUUUUUUCGUUGGCCUCGGAAUAAUGGAGCAUCGCAAAGUGGAGGAGAUCUGCAAGGAACUGAAUUUGAAGUUUUACAAUACAUGGAAAAUUGAUUGUUGUUUUUGGCCACCUACACAAUGCAUCAACUUCCUCUUUGUGCCCUUGCAAUAUCGAGUACUUUACAUCAAUGCUAUGACGAUGGUCUAUGAUAUUUUUUUAUCUUACAUGAAAUAUGAGGCUCAUUGUGAGUGAUAAGAAAUCUCAUGACUAGACUGAAUAAAGAAAGUAACUGCACAAAUAAUAGCUGCGAAGCAUGUAUUAUAUAUGUGUUUAUUGUUACUAAUUAUACACAAUAUAUGCAAUAAAACUCUAUUAAAAGUUUCCA